AAAAAAUAUUUAAGUGCAGACUUAGCGUAAUUCAAUUCCUCUCUCCCAGUUUGAUUAACUUUUCGGACUCUGGAUGCCCCUCAAUUGGUGAAAUACUAUAGUACCUAUUGUGUAAUUUGAUUGAUAAUCUUCUGCUCUACUUAAAGCCGACAGGGUCGCCGUCGAUAGCACUGAUCCCCCUUAGUUUUCCUGUUCAGAUUUUGGGCUCUCACAGUCUCAACUUUGCAGAAAUCCUGAGCGAGCUCACAUAGUUGCUUUCUGAAAUGUUCCGGAACACGUUUCAAAGUGGAUUUUUAUCCGUGUUUUACAGUCUCGGGAGUAAACCUCUACAGUUAUGGUCAAAACAGGCUCUAAAUGGAGGGCAUAUUAAACGAAUAACUGAUGAAGAUGUGCAAAGUUUGGUCUUGGAACUAGCCAGCCCAAAUGUCAGUACUUGCUGGAUUGCGUGCCCGGCUGACGAUAAAAAAAGUUUGGGAAUAAAGUUGCCCUUUCUGGUGAUGAUCGUGAAAAAUCUGGAAAAAUAUUUCACUUUCGAAAUUCAGAUAAUUGACGACAAGGGGAUCCGUCGACGUUUCCGCGCCAGUAAUUUUCAAGUUGAAGCACGCGUCAAACCCUUCAUCUGCACAAUGCCCAUGCGCCUGGAUGAUGGCUGGAAUCAAGUCCAAUUUAAUUUGGCUGAUUUUGUCCGUCGAGCAUAUGGAACAAAUUAUGUGGAAACCAUUCGGAUUACGGUGCACGCCAACUGCCGUCUGCGUAGGAUUUAUUUCGCCGAUCGAUUGUACUCGGAAGAUGAAGUACCGCAUGAGUUCAAGCUGUUUCUGCCGAUUAAGGACGACGACAGCAAAGAGGACGCACAGGAAGGAGCGCAGAUCUCGUAGAAAAAUAAGUCAUUAUUUCCGGCCAUUAUUUUUAUCAGUGUUUUGGCUUCGCCGAGCUCAGAUUUAUGAUCUCAUUGCUUUCUAGUUUAACUGCGUUGUGUUCGCAUGCUGUCCAUAGAGCUAUGUUAGAAGACAACGAACUGUGCGGAACAAACUCGUUUUUGCAGAUUCAUAAAUGUAGAAAUAAAAUAUUCAGAUUAGCUCAAAAUUCUAACUAAUAUGUAUUUACAGUGAAAACGUUCGAACAGAAACCAAU